CACUUCUAUUUAUACCUCAUACGCGAAUGAACAAUUUGAUCUAAGUCCUCUAACAAUCCAGAAUACAAUCCAAAUUGAAAUUAGAGUUACCUGCAAUGGCUUCUGGCAGCGAAGAUCGGUGCAUCGUCGAGCUUCCGUACGCGGAAUCGAUGGAGUGUAGCGAGAAAGAGAGGAUCGGCAGCUUCAGCAGCCGCAGCCUCAGCCACAGCGGCAGCGACGAUGAGGGCUGUUUGGAUCAUCCUCAGAAGGGGCAACAGGUAGAGAUGCUACCUGGAAUUCUUGAAGAGUCGGUGGAUGGGUGGAAAGGUGGGUGGGAAGAUCUGACAGCUGAGGCUUUGAGAAAUGUGGAGCCCUUCAGUGAAGAUGAGCUGAGGGCGCUAUGUACUUCCUUGAACGAAUUUGAACGAAAUAGGCGUUGCGUUGUCCCCUAUGUCGACCCAAAAGUAUGGGACAAGUACGUGCAAGAGGUUGAAGAAAGCGAGGGUUUUGACGUGUUUACUAAUCCGGGACCUACUCUGGGCUACAAGCCAAUUACCACUUAUAAGAGAGAUAAAGAACUGGAAAAAAAGGUCAUUGGGUUGGCUAAACAGGCCCUAGCGGAGAAGCUACCAUGUUAUGAAUUUGUGGCCAUUGAGUGGGUAACUGGAUAUCGCUGUGCUGGUUGGGUAUAUAAUAUAACGUUUCGAGCUCGCGGUGCUGAUGCUCCUGAGGGCAAAAGUUUUCAAGCUCGUGUUUAUGCUGGAAUUGUAGAUGUGCGGGUUAAAUUCUGCCUCCCCAAAGUGGUUAAAACUUAGUUGAACUCGGUCUGGGUCAGUCAUGGAAGAUGGACUAGCAAUGUUUAUGGUACAAUUAUGUUGCAAUUUUUGAGUGUGAUGGGAGAACUAUAGAAAGCUAUUUGCUUAACUAUGUUAGUGUUUGAUGAUGUUGACAGUCAAACAUGUUCUCUAGCUGAUGGCGAUUUUGAGUUUUUUGAUCUUGUAGUCUGGUCCUGGGAAUGUAAAUAAAUGUUCAGACAUUGUUGAAUUGCUUUUCCAUGAGAGACCUUUUUUUCCAAAAAAACAAUAUGGAAACCUUGCGUAGAUGAAUAUGG